AUGUGUUAUGACUCCGUCCUGUACAGCGAAUAUUCCUUCUACGUCAUUCGCCCCGAAUAUUCCUUCUACGUCAUUCACCCCGAACAUUCCUUCUACGUCAUUCGCCCCGAGUAUUCCUUCUACGUCAUUCGCCCUGAGUAUUCCUUCUACGUCAUUCGCCCUGAAUAUUCCUUCUACGUCAUUCGCCCCGAGUAUUCCUUCUACGUCAUUCGCCCCGAAUAUUCCUUCUACAUCAUUCGCCCCGAAUAUUCCUUCUACAUCAUUCGCCCUGAGUAUUCCUUCUACGUCAUUCGCCCCGAAUAUUCCUUCUACGUCAUUCGCCCGAGUAUUCCAUCUACGUCAUUCUCCCCGAAUAUUCCUUCUACGUCAUUCACCCAGAACAUUCCUUCUACGUCAUUCGCCCUGAGUAUUCCUUCUACGUCAUUCGCCCCGAAUAUUCCUUCUACGUCAUUCGCCCUGAGGAUUCCUUCUACGUCAUUCGCCCCGAAUAUUCCUUCUACGUCAUUCGCCCCGAGUAUUCCUUCUAUGUCAUUCGCCCCGAAUAUUCCUUCUACAUCAUUCGCCCUGAGUAUUCCUUCUACGUCAUUCGCCCCGAAUAUUCCUUCUACGUCAUUCACCCGAGUAUUCCAUCUACGUCAUUCUCCCCAAAUAUUCCUUCUACGUCAUUCGUCCCAAAUAUUCCUUCUACAUCAUUUACCCCGAAUAUUCCUUCUACGUCAUUCGCCCCAAAUGUUUUCUUUUACGUCAUUCGUUUCGAACAUUCCUUCCACACCAUUUGUCUCAACUAUCUCUGGAACAGCGUUUCCUGCGAAGAAACAGGCGUCGAAGUUCACUCCCAAUGUUCGUGCACCUAUAUUCACUCCAAACAUUCCUGCAACUAAUGCUGUAAGCAAAAGAUCUGUGACUUUUGUCAAUGAGCAUCGGCAGAGUCUUCCAACAUACUCACCACCGUCGUUUUCAUAAACCGAUUCAGCAUCACCUAUUAUUACCUCAUCCUACCCUGGUUUGCGUCAUACCAACCCUGGUCCUCGUCUGUCACCAAGAGUCACUAGUACAUCCUGGGAUCAAACCAUUUCUACGCAAGCAAGGAUCAGCAACGAACCAUCCGUUGUCUAUCAACCAUCAUUUGAAUCAAGAAUACCAGUACCUUUACCGACAACUGCUAACCGUGUGCAACCAGACGCAUGGGAACAAGCUAGUCAAGUGUCGAUUCCAAGAACCAAUGAAGACCAGUUUGGCGUGUUGAUCAUGCAACAAAAUCAACGAAGUCUUAUUCCACGUCUUGCAUUGUCUAAGUUCUCUGGAGACCCCACAGAGUACAAUAUUUUCAUUCAAGGUUUUAACUCGCAGUUCCAUAAUAAGCUGAACUCUAACUCAGAUCAUUUACGAUAUCUAGAUCAGUACCUCGAAGGUGAAGCUAAAGAAUUGGUCAAAGGAUGUCAUUACAUGGAUCCUGACAUUGGUUAUGCAGAGGCGAGAAGGCUGAUUGACGAGAAAUAUGGUGAUCCGUACAACAUUUCUAAUGCAUUUAUUAAGAAGAUGACUGAAUGGCCAAUGCUUAAACCCGGUGAUGAUGAUGGCUUAAACCGAUUUUCUACCUUCCUAACACAGUGUUUCAGUGCUAUGAAAUCGUUGUCGUAUUUAACUAUAUUGGAUCAUCCUCACAAUUUGCAAACCUUGGUCAAGAAGUUACCAUUCCACCUUCAAGAUCGACGGAGACGUGUCGCAAGUAAAGCGAGAGUCAGACAUAGGAAUAUGCCAAGCUUCGACUCGUUUGCUAAUUUCAUUAAAGACGAAGCUAAAGUGGCAACAGAUCCAAUCUUUUCUCGAGAAGCUCUGAGAGUUCAAAGUUCUGACAGAGUAAACAACAAACGCAAGCCCCCAAAUUAUAAAGUAAGAACUAAUGCAAGUGGAAUCUUGUAUCCACUGUAAAAAGGAACAUGACUUGGACGAUUGUGAUGAAUAUUUAAAGAAGAGCAUCGGUGAAAGACGAAAAUUCCUUGCUGAGAAACAGUUAUGUUACUUGUGUUACAUGCCUGGUCAUAGAUCUAGAGGUUGUUCACAAAAGAGAACAUGUAAGACUUGUUCACGCCGUCAUCCUACUGGCCUACAUGUUGAAAACUUUCAGCCUAUUGUGAAAAACCUGCGAAUGAUAAUGUUGCGAAGAAUGUGGAAUCAGCCUUGACAACCAUUACUGCAAACAGUAUGACCAGAAAAGUACGAGAAGAAGGACCUGUCGGAUCUAUGCCGAUAGUACCAAUUAUUGUACGAUCAGCUGAAACAGAGUUGAUAACAUAUGCGAUGCUUGAUAACUGCAGCACCGGUACGUUCAUUCUAGAAGAUCUGCGACAAGAGCUUAACAUAGACGGAGUAGAUUCACAAGUUUCAAUAACAACUAUGAAUGGUAACCAACUACACAAUGUGAAAGUAAUAAGAGGCUUGGCUGUAUCUGACCUGGAUGGCAACAAUUCAAUUUCUCUACCUAAAGCUUUUAACAAGCUCAAAAUGCCCACAACCAUUCAAGAUAUCCCCAGACCAAAGCAAGCGAGAAAAUGGCCACAUCUGGUGCGUGUAGCUGAUUACGUCCAUCCAUUAAUACCAAAUGUCAAGAUUGGCCUCUUAAUUGGAACAAAUUGCCCUGAAGCCAUUGAACCUAAAGAUUUUGUGAUAAGUAUGAAUGGCGGUCCAUAUGCUGUUCAAACGUUUGCUGGCUGGACUAUCAUUGGACCUCUUCAUAUGUCAAGCAAUGGUCCUGCGACGGUCAAUUGUAAUCGGAUUGUUGCAAAAGAGAUUAGUUCAGAAGUACCAAUGGAUCAUCAUUUCGCUGUUGAUCAGGUGGUGAAAGAGAUCCUUACACCAGAAGCAUUAAACAGAAUGAUGGAACUUGAUUUCAGAGAAAGAAAAGUCAGUAAUGAACAUGGUCUCUCUCAAGAAGACAAGUUAUUUCUUAAGAAAGUUGAACAAGGAACCAAGAAAGUCGAAGGACACUAUGAAAUACCACUUCUUUUCAGAGAAGACGAAGUCGUUAUGGCCGACAACCGAA